CGGCUCCGGCUCCGGCUCGGGCUCGGGCUCUCGGCGUCCGUCUCGUCCGCCCCGCGCUCGCGGCUCCCUCCGUCUCGUCCGCUCCGCUCAGCUCCUCACUUCUGGCCGCGGCCGCUGCAGGGGCGCACGGGCAGCUUUGAGAGGCCGGGGCGCCGCAUUAAAGUUUGAACAGAUACAGAGUCGGGGGGUAGGUCCCCGCAUUUCCCCAACCACCGUUUCCCUUCCUCUUCCCCCCCAAAAGUUUCGGGGGCUCUCCGGUGAUUUUUGGAUCUGGGGGAGACAGCCUCUCCUUUCCGCCUUCAUUAGAAUUUUUCAUUUUUUUUCCCUCCGAAAUCGGAAUUAAAAACAAAUCCUCCGGACGAAUCGAUCGCACUUUAAUUUUUCAUUUUUGUUUCAUCUGAUUUUUUUUUUUUUUUUUUUUUUUUUUUUGCCUUUCUCCAGAGCGAGGGGGAGGGGUCCGCCGGCCCAAGUUUUCCCAAGUUCACCAAGCGUGGUGCUUGGAGAAGGAGAGCGGGCGAACUUGAGCGCUUUGUCCUUAGUCCAGUCCCCGCCCCGGCCCCCUCAGCCGCCCCCCACCCCCCUAUAAAGGAACACAAAACAAAGUUACACUUUGAGUGGCCUCGGGUCUUUUUUUUUUUUUUUUUUCCGGCAGGUUUUUUUUUUUCCUCCUCGAGACCCCCUCUGAGACUUCAGCCUCUUUCUCCCCAGUCCCACCCCCUGCCUUCUCGGCAUCUGGGGAGCGAGCAGGGGACCCCACACCGCAACCCCGUUUCCGGCUCCAUCCUUUGCUCCCCUCCCCCACCGCCUCCCCUCCUCUCUCCCCUCCCUCCCGAGCACUCGGAGCCAGCCAGCGAACCAACCAAAAAUAUGCUCUUUGAGGGGUUUGAUCUGGUCUCGGCUCUGGCCACCUUCGCCGCCUGCCUGGUCUCCGUGACUUUGCUCUUGGCCGUGUCCCAGCAGCUGUGGCAGCUGCGCUGGGCAGCCACCCGGGACAAGAGCUGCAAGCUGCCCAUCCCCAAGGGCUCCAUGGGCUUCCCGCUGAUCGGCGAGACGGGUCACUGGCUGCUCCAGGGCUCCGGCUUCCAGUCGUCCCGGAGGGAAAAAUACGGCAACGUCUUCAAGACCCACUUGUUGGGGCGGCCGCUGAUCCGCGUGACGGGCGCGGAGAACGUGCGCAAGAUCCUCAUGGGCGAGCACCACCUGGUGAGCACCGAGUGGCCGCGCAGCACGCGCAUGCUCCUGGGCCCCAACACCGUGGCCAACUCCAUCGGCGACGUCCACCGCAACAAGAGAAAGGUUUUCUCCAAGAUCUUCAGCCAUGAAGCUUUGGAGUCCUAUCUCCCCAAAAUCCAGCUGGUGAUCCAGGACACCCUGCGGGCCUGGAGCAGCAACCCCGAUGCCAUCAACGUGUACCAGGAGGCGCAGAAGCUCACGUUCCACAUGGCCAUCCGCGUGCUCCUGGGCUUCAGCAUCCCCGAGGAGGACCUCACCCACCUCUUUGAGGUUUACCAGCAGUUUGUGGAGAAUGUCUUCUCUCUGCCCGUUGACCUGCCCUUCAGUGGCUACCGGCGGGGCAUCCAGGCCCGGCACACCCUGCAGAAGGGGCUGGAGAAGGCGAUCCGCGAGAAGCUGCAGAGCACGCAGGGCAAGGACUACGCGGACGCCCUGGACAUCCUCAUCGAGAGCAGCAAGGAGCACGGCAAGGAGAUGACCAUGCAGGAGCUGAAGGACGGGACCCUGGAGCUGAUCUUCGCAGCCUACGCGACCACGGCCAGCGCCAGCACCUCCCUCAUCAUGCAGCUGCUGAAGCACCCCAACGUGCUGGAGAAGCUGCGGGAGGAGCUGCGGGCCAACGGGCUCCUGCACAACGGCUGCGUGUGCGAGGGCGCCCUGCGCCUGGACACGCUCGUCGGCCUGCGCUACCUGGACUGCGUCAUCAAGGAGGUCAUGCGGCUCUUCACCCCCAUCUCCGGCGGCUACCGCACCGUGCUGCAGACCUUCGAGCUCGACGGCUUCCAGAUCCCCAAGGGCUGGAGUGUGAUGUACAGCAUCCGGGACACCCACGACACGGCCCCGGUCUUCAAGGACGUGGACGUCUUCGACCCCGAGCGCUUCAGCCAGGCGCGCAGCGAGGACAAGGACGGCCGCUUCCACUACCUGCCCUUCGGCGGCGGCGUCCGCACCUGCCUGGGCAAGCACCUGGCCAAGCUCUUCCUGAAGGUGCUGGCGGUGGAGCUGGCCAGCACGAGCCGCUUCGAGCUGGCCAGCCGGACAUUCCCGCGCAUCACGCUGGUCCCCGUCCUGCACCCCGUGGACGGCCUCAGCGUCAAGUUCUUUGGCCUGGACUCCAACCAGAACAAGAUCCUCACCGAGACCGAGGCCAUGCUGGGGGCCACCGUCUAAUGGGCCCCGGGCCCUCCCCCGCCCACCUCAGCCCCCCCGGCGUGGGGGAGGCCGGUAAAGGGGGGGGUAACAAGGAAACCUGUGUCAGGGGGGGGCAAAGCAAAAAGGCCGAGGGGGAGGAGAGAGGCCCUCGUGGCUUUCCUCUCCUUCCCUUGGGCCCCGGGUCAUCCCCACACUCUGGGGCCGGGGGGCUCUGUCCCUCCCUGGGGAGCUGGGCCCGGCCCCCUCCGGCUCCUCUCCCCGUCCCCAGUCCCUCCCGGCCCGGCCUCCCCCCCUCCCCAUGUGGGGCGCCCGGAGGGACCGCUGGGCCCCGCAUGCCCUCGACAGUGUUAAACGUGUGGUGUUCACAGUGUUUUUGGAUGUUGUUUCACAUUGUCCCCCGCCCCCGCCCCCCACCCCACCCCCCGUUUUCUUUCUGUUCUUCUCUGGGUUGGGGUGAGGAGGAGUCCACAGAGUGCAGGGAAGGGAGCCGCCCACUUAGCCUAUUUCCUAGCCCCCCCCCCCCGACCCCUGCCCUGCCCUCUCCUCUUGCCACUCUGCUCAGACCAGGCCCUGACCGCCCCCAGGCUUGGGGGUCACCCUGUGGCAAGGCCUUCUGGGGGAUGGCCGGGAGACCCGAAGGGCAGGAGCCCCUCGCUGCCAUCCGGACAUUGGAAGUCACCUGUUGCUGCUACUCUCACUUCCCCUCCCCCCCCCCGCCAGCAUGGGCCCCGGAAGCCCUGGGUGAGCGCCCGGCCCCCCCCCCCCACCCCCAGCCUCGAGCCAGACUCCCCUCCCCGCACCCAGCUCCUGCCACUGAGAGCACAUCCCGCGCCCCUCGCCAUCCCACGCCCCUCGCCAUCCCGUGCCCCUCACCAUCCCGCACCCCUCUAUUUAUUAAUCAGUCCCUGGAAGCCCAGAGUUUGCAGGAGCAGAGGGGUCAGCCCUGUCCUCCACUGCCCUGGUCUCAGCCAUUGCCUUCAUGCUCUCCUGAGAGCAUUGGUCUCCCACAUCCGGGUCCCGUCCAUCACCUUCUCUGGCUCAGAGCCUUCUUCCAGCGCUCCAGGCCCUGCCCUGCUUGCUGCAGAUCGCAUAGAGUCGGGGAGGGGACCUGUGGCUCCAAGCCUUCUAACCCUCUGAGGGCCACUCUGAUCCCAGACCCUUCCCCCAAGUUCCCCUCCCCCUUCUGCCCCUCGGCCUAUGGGCCGGUGAGUGGAGUCUCAGCGAGGGCUCGGCCACAUCCCGAGGGUGGAAGCUGAGGCUGUGUCCCGGCGCCUCCCCUUCCCGGCUUUCCCUACCAUCCCGUCCUCUCCAACCAUGGGUUCAAACUCUUGGAGUCCCGGGGCAGGGUCAUCCUGAAGAAUGGCACUCUGGGUGACAGGAUGCGAAUUGGCCAUGACUUGAGGGUGCACUGUCUGGAGCAGGGAUGGAGGAUUCUUCAAGGGGGUCAAUGGCUAGAAGGUUAGAAGGGUGACUGGGCAGGUACCAGGGACCUGGUGCAGAUGCAGGGAAGAGUCAGGAAGGAAAGAGAAGGAAGAGAUCCCCAAGGCACCUAAACAGAAAGCUAGACAAAAUAGCGUGGACCCCAGCUCGGCACUUGCCUGGUGGGCUGCUUUCAGUUUUAGGUCAGAAGCAUCCAUCUGUUCAGAGUUCUGUCUGCCAGAUGCGUGUACACACAUGUAUCUCCAUAUGUGCACGUGUAUACAUGUGUUCUCCAUAUGUGCACAUGUAUACAUGUGUAUCUCCAUAUGUGCACGUGUAUGCAUGUGUAUCUCCACAUAUGCACGUGUGUGUGUCUUUUAGCACUAGGUUUAGAUGGGGGCUCUUUGGGGAAUGGCAUCCUAACUAAUACGACUCGGCCGAGUUAAGUCCCCACACACACACAGACACACACACAAGGCCACACCUGCAGUGGGUUUGCAGAAUGAAGCACUUUUGAUGUCGGGGCCAUGGUGGUGGCGCUCCCCUGCACCAUCCCAACCCUGCCCAAUUUGCUAUAAUAUUAUUUUAUACACAAAAAAACAAUUUUUUGGUUGCAGAAAUGUUAUAAUUUGUUUUUUUUGUCUGUCUUUAUAAACUAUUAUAAGUACUAUUUUUGUUAUAAUUCAAAAUAGAUAUUUAGUAUAAAGGUUUUUUUGCUGUUAAAUAUUUGUUAUUUAGUAAACUAUGACCUCCUGCCCCCCAUUAUUGUAAACGUGGUUCAAAAAUAUUAAUAUGUUUUUAUCGCGGUCGUGUUUUUUUUUUAAUAUUGAGCAAAGAGCGCACCUGUGUUUUUGCGUUUUCGUUUUUGUUUUGUUUUCGGUCAUCGUCUGUCAUGGAGCUGGUGCUGUGUGUGUGAGUAUGUUCUCCGUUGUGUGGUUUUUAAUAUGUAUAUAAUAUUUCGUGUGGCAUAUUAAAAAUGAAUGUUGUGCGAUUUGUGAUCUCAAACAUAAUCCAUGUGGCUAUUUUAUAGACUUCCAUAAUAAAAAAGAGGGGACUCUGUGUCUGAA